AGAGAAACGACACUUCGUUUUCACGCCUAUAAAGUAGCAGGAUUUGCUCCCUCACUUCUCCAAGGCGAAAGAAAUGGCUUCUUCUCUUUCCAUUUUAUCUUUCCUUCUUCUCCUUUGCGCCUUUGCUAAGGCCACAGAGCCGGGCCGCCUCAUUCUAACCCUCGUCAACAACUGUCCUUUCACUGUCUGGCCCGCUAUCCAACCCAACGCUGGCUUUCCCGUCCUUGAGAAGGGUGGGUUUGCCCUCCACACUCUCACCCACAGCUCCUUCUCCGCCCCCGACCAACACUGGUCUGGCCGCAUCUGGGCUCGCACUGGCUGCAACUACGCCUACGGCCACUUCUCCUGCUCCACCGGAGACUGUGGCCACCGCCUCGAGUGCGACGGCCUUGGCGGCGCCACCCCUGCCACCCUCGCCCAGUUCAGUCUCCACCAUGGGCACCAAGACUUCUCCUCCUACGGCGUCAGCCUCGUAGACGGGUUCAACGUCCCCAUGACCGUGACCCCUCACGAGGGCAAAGGCCAGUGCCCCGUCGUGGGCUGCCGUGCAGAUCUGCUCGGUUCCUGUCCGGACCAGCUGCAGUUCCGGUCACAUCCGAACGGACCAGUUGUGGGGUGCAAGAGCGGGUGCGAGGCGUUCAACACGGACGAGCUGUGCUGUCGGAAUCAUUACAACAGUCCUCAGACAUGUAGAGCUUCAACUUUUUCAGAGUUUUUCAAACAUGCUUGCCCUGCCACGUUUACUUAUGCUCAUGAUCGUCCCUCGCUCAUGCAUGAGUGUUCUUCCCCACGUGAGCUCAAGGUCAUCUUCUGUCACUAGCUAUAAGUAAAAACCUUGUCCUUAACUUGUUCCAGUGAUCUUCUUGCUUUUGUUCUAGAAUCAUAUAUCCUUUGUAAUAAUGGGGAAAACUAAGAAAAAAAACGUUAAGCCCUGUACGCACUUUGGUUUGCAUAUGGAAUGCUAGUGUUGUUUGGGAUUAUGAAAUGUAUGAAUGUAUUGAGUAUGUUUGUGUUUAAUGGUAAGAGUUAAGGUAC